AUGGAAUAUUUAGAAAGUGAAAAAAGUAGUAGUGAUGAUAGAAGAGAAGUAAAUAAUUUCGAAAAUGAUUAUAGUAAGGAUAGUAGUCAUAGUAAUAUUAAUAGCGAUCUAGAUGUUGAUAGGAAAAAACAUAGUGAUAAUGUUUAUGAAGAAUCUGAACAAGAUGGGAAACAGACAGAAGGAAGAAAAAAGAUUAAAGGAUUUUUCAAAUUAAAAAAAGGAGAUUCAGAAGAUGAAAACAAAGAAAAAGAAACAAAAGACCAUCGUCUUAAAGACGGAGGAGAUACUUUUGAAGAAAACAUAAAUGUAUUGAAAAAAAAAAAAAAAAAAAAAAAUAGUGAUACUAUUAAUUAUAAUAAAAAAUAUUUUAAUAAAAAUAAACACAAUGGAUCUUCAUCAAACGAACAUUCGUCUUAUUCGGAUGAAAAUUUUUUCGAAGCAGCAAAAAGAAAUAAAAUAUUAAAUGAAGAAAUUUAUAAAAAUAAAGAUAAUGAAGAUAUGAUGUGUGAUAUGUCCAUUUUUAAUGAUGAUAAUAAUAUGGAUGAUUCUUUAUUUAACAAAAAUGAAGAUAAUAAUAGAUAUGAUGAAGAAGAGAUGAAGAAAUAUAAAAGGAAAGGUAAACGUUAUUCUAGUGAUAGUUAUAAAGAUGAUAGUCCACAAUAUAUGUCUGAAAGGUAUUCCUCGGAAAAAUAUUCUUCAGAAAAAUAUUCCUCAGAAAAAUAUUCCUCAGAAAAAUAUUCUUCGAGUAAUAGAAAUCAAUCAACGAACCUUUUAAAUAAUAUUAAAAAUUUUUGUAAUACAUACAUAAUAAAUAAAAAGAAGGAUAGAAGUCGAGAUACUUACGAAGAUGAAGAAAGUAGAGAAGGUGCUUAUGGAGAAAAUACCACGGAAGAUUUAAAUGAAGAUACACAAGAAGGUCAUAAAAAUAAAAAGAAAGAAAUCCUUAUGAAUAUAUUAUAUAAUGAUAUAAAUAUAAAGAAAAAUGAUGAGAAAGAUUUUUUUAUGGAUAGAAAUUUCAAAGGGAAAAAAAAAGAAAUAGAUAUAAAAAAAAAUCAACAAGUUAUGAAAAAUAUGUUGAAUAUAAAAAAUAAUGAAAAUAUAGAUGUUUAUAAUGAUAAAGAUAAUUUUAUAAACAUAGAUGAUAAAUGUCCUUCAGGAUAUUUUAAAGAUAAAAUAAAAGAAUAUGAUUAUUUAGAUAAUGAAAAACAAAAAAAUGUUAACAAAAUGAUACAUCCAAAAGAUGGUAAUAAUAAUAAUAAUAAUAAUAUACUUUUAUCACAAAAUAGUAGUACUAUACUCAGUCAUGUGGUACAAGAAGAUUAUGCUGAUGGAAUAAAAAAAUUUAAUAAAAAUUCUUUUUAUAACAAUCUUGAAAAUAGGAAAUUAAUAAAUAUAAAUAAUAUUUAUGAUAAAUAUAAAAUUAUAUUAUCUGAAAUAAAAUCAGGUGAUCAUUUAAAUAAUGUAGAAAAAAAAUUAAAUGUUAUAGAAAACUCACUAUUAUGUAUCUUCGAUUUACAAGAUGGUGAUAAUAAUAAUAAUAUUAAUGAUGAUGAUGAUAAUGAUGAUGAUGGUCAUCAUGAUGAUGGUCAUCAUGAUCAUGUUGGUAAUAAUAUGAAAGGAGAUAAAUUGGAUAUAAAAAAAAGAUUUUCUGAAUUAUUUGAUGAUGCAUUAAAUACAUUAAUUGAAAAUUAUGAAGAUGUAAAAAAAAAAGAACAUUCUGAAAAUAUUAAUAAAAAAGCUCAAUUAAAUUUAUCAUGCGAUUUUAAUUUAUAUUUACGAAUUUGUAAAGUAGUUUUAAAUGAUGAAAAACAUAUACAUACUAGUAAUAAAAAAAAUAUGUUAUAUUAUAAUAAUAUAUAUAAAAUUAAUUAUAUUAAAAGUAAUAAUAAAAAUAAAGACAUUUUAUAUAAUAUUCACUGUAGAAAUAUUCAUUUAUAUUUAAUCUUAUCAUCACACGAAGGUAUCGAAAGGAAAAAACAACAAAUGCACAUAUUAAAAGAUAAAGAUAAAGAUAAAAAUAAAAAUAAAGAUAAAAAUAAAAAUAAAGAAAAUAUAUUAAACGAAAAUAUAAGAAAAAUACAAAAGCAAAAUAAAAAACAAAACCAAAAUUUUAUUGAUAUAGAUAAUAUAUACUAUACAAAUAAAUUAAGGAACAUAAAUAAUGUUAAUGAUAUGAACGAUAUGUACCAUAUUCAUAAUGAUGAGAAUGAUGUGAUUAAUCAAAAACUUUAUUAUGAUGAAAUAGAUUAUACAAAAAAAGGUAUUUUAGAUAAAAUACAUGUGUUAUGGUUUUAUGAAAAAAAGAAUGAAGUACAUUAUCUUCAUUUAUAUAAUCUUAACAAUAUUAAUAGUAAGAUGUUAUCUAUUAUUAUAGAUGGAUAUCUUGAAUGCAUAGAUGUUGUAUAUUUAAAUAAUUUUUUUCCUCUAGAAAGUUUUUAUAAUUCUGUUAAAAAUUAUUAUCUUAUGCUUAUAACAGAAAAUUCAUUUUAUUUUUUUAAUAUCCAUUUGUAUUUUAAUUGUGAGGAAGAUUAUAAUAUAUCAGAAAAUGAAAAGUUGAUUUAUCAAAAUAUAUAUCCUUUUUAUUUUAAUAUUUAUUUAUUCUUAUUAUUUAAAGUACCUAAAGAUUCGAAAAUGAAGUUUGAAUAUAUUCGUUCCCAUGAAAAAAGUGAAAGAAUAUUUCUAGUUGUUAAUGAUGGAAAUGUUUAUGAAUUUAUUUAUGAGAAAAAAAAUUUAUUUGAACCAUUCAAUAUAUUUAAAAAUAUUAUAGUUAAUUCCAUAUCCUCUUUAAUUAAUGUAGUUAAUGAAAAAAUCUUCCAUCAUUCCAGAAAUUAUAUGAUAGAACAUACGGCGAAUGAUGAUAACAGCUCCUUUAAUUAUUAUGAUAAUGGGAAAAGCUCAAUUAACUCAUAUAAUAUUUCUAAUACGUAUCCAGAAUAUAUGGAUAAUAAAUCAUUUAUUGAUGAAUAUAAUAAAAAUAUUUAUUGUGAUGAUUUACAUGAUUAUCCUAUAAAAUUUUAUUUAAAAAAAAUUAUCAGUACCUAUUUUAUUAAAUAUUUUGCUUUCUUUAAAAAUAAAGUAAAAAAAAUAAUUAUAGAUAAUGAAAGAUCUAUUCUAUAUGUAUUAUAUGAAAAUAGUGAUUUAUAUGUAAAAUUGUUAUCCAAUAGGGCUGAUGUUAAUAAUAAAAAGAAAAAUUAUUUAUCAGAUACUAUUAUAUUUACAAAAGGUGAGCUAAUAAAAGAGUUGAACAAUAUUUAUUUUAUCGACGAUAUGAACAUUUUGUAUAAUGAUAUGUAUAAUAUGAAUAAUAUCAAUAAUAUGGUUAACAUGAAUAAUAUCAAUAAUAUGGUUAAUAUGAAUAAUAUGAAUAAUAUGAAUAAUAUGGUCAACAUGCAUAAUAUGGUCAACAUGCAUAAUAUGGUCAACAUGCAUAAUAUGCACAAUAUGCACAAUAUGCACAAUAUACCCAAUAUGCAUAACAUGAACAGCAACACUAAUAAUAAAUUCGGAUUCGCUCAUAAUAAUAUAGACCCCACAACAUUUCAUAAAUUAAAUAUUAUCGAUAUACACAUAAACCAUAUACAUGAAAGAAAUAAUAUCUUCUUAAAAAUGGUUGAUAAUAAUUUUAACAUAUAUUAUUUGUCACUCGUAAAAAAUAUGGAUACGAAUAAUUAUAAGCUUAUUUUAAAAGAUUUUCAAAACUACCCUCAUAAGAAGGGUCUCAAAAUUAAUGACAAGAACUCGGACGUUAUUUUUACACACCAUUUAAAAAAUCUAUAUAUCAUAUUAAAGAAAAAAAACUUAAAAAAAAAAGAACCUAACAAAGCAGUUGUGCAUAAGGAUGAUGCACAAGCAAAAAAAAAAACAUUCUUCUUUUUUAAUAAGGAUAAAAUGGACAGCCAAAAAAUAAGAAAAACGCAUGCCCACAAACGACGUUCGACCAUUCUUAGGAGGGAUACUAGUAGACGUGUAGAUAAAAACACCCAGGGAAAGGCAACAUAUAAAAUGAUGAGUAAACAGAAAAGAGGAAAAAUAAGAAAAAGAGGAGAAGAAGUAGGGGAAGAAGAAGAAGAAGAAGAUGAAGAAGAAGAAGAUGAAGAAGAUGAAUAUGAAGAAGAAGAUGAAUAUGAACAAGAAGAUGAAUAUGAUGAAGAAGAUGAAUAUGACGAAGAAGAUGAAUAUGAUGAAGAAGAAGAAGAAGAAGAAGGGAGAAGAAGAAAAAAGAGCUAUAGAAUAAAAAAACAUUCAAGUAAUAAAAAUUUAAAUGAUGAUGAAGAAAAAAAUACUUACCAAGAGGAAGACCAAGACAGUUAUGAUGAUAUUAGUGAUAAUGCUAAUGAUUAUAAUAAUAAUUAUAAUAAUAAUUAUAAUAAUAAUUAUAAUAAUAAUUAUAAUAAUAAUUAUGAUAAUAAUUAUGAUAAUUUUAAUUUUGAGCAAGAUAACGAAAGCGAAGAAGAAAAAGUGUGCUAUAAAUUAAAAUUAUUAACAUGUGCAGACGAUAUUGGAAACACUAAUCAAAUGUCAAGCUCAAAUAAAAACAAAUUUAUUUUUAAGCAAAUAAACGAAUAUUAUAUUAAUGAAGAAAUUAUUGGGGUUAUUUAUAAAAAAAAAAAUUACUAUUUUCAUGAAUUCUUCGAACAUACUGAAAAUGAUAAUAUUCUUAAAGAUUUUUAUGUUAAUAAAAUGAAACAAGAUAAUAUAUCCAAUAUCAUGGCCAGAAAUGAAAAAAAUCGAUUUCACCUGAACAGUCAGGUAAGAAGUGAACCAAAUUUGAGAACAACCUUGGGUAAUAAUUUGACGAAUACAAAUAUGAUGCCUAAUAAUAUGUCCACAAUGAGUAUUCCCAAUAUGAAUGUUAACCAUAUGAAUGUUAACCAUAUGAAUGUUAACAAUAUGAAUAUUAACAAUAUGAAUAUUAACAAUAUGAAUGUUCCCAAUAGGAAUAUGCCCAAUAGGAAUAUUCCCAAUAUGAUGCAUGUGGAUAGUCAAAAUAACCUGUACAAUUCAGGUUAUAAUAGCAAACCGUCAGGUAAUCUUUAUGACGAGCGAAAUUUUAUGAAUAUGGGUGAAGUUCGAGAUAAGAUGGAGAGUAUACCUCCCUUUUAUUUAUAUGAAAAUACCGUGAGCGAAUAUCAGGAAUAUUAUGAUUUGAUGAUUAUAACAAAGAAGCAUAUAUAUUAUAUAAGUAAGAAUACAAGGACACAGAAAAUAGAAAAGAUGAUAAAUAAUUACUUACCAUAUAAGAUAUCUUAUGAAAAUCGAAAUAUAGAAAGUGUGGUUUUAAAAGAAAUAAAAAUAAAGGAAUAUGGUAAGAAAAAUCAAGAAGAUUUUUAUAAAAGCAUAAAACAAAAUAUGUUAAUGAAAAUAAAUAAUGACAAGAAUAAUAUAAUAUCAAAGCAGUUGAUUAAUUCUGUAUCAGGUGGUAUACCUAUUGAUAUCCCCCCUUCUCCUACUAGUUUAAUAAAAGAAAAAAAUGAGUAUGAAGAAAUAUAUGAAUAUUUUAUAAAUCAAAUAAUUGAAAUAUCUUCAACGGAAGAAUUUUUAUUUAUUAUAUGGAGCAUUUUAUUAAACCAUGUGUAUAAAUAUGAAAUAAUGUGUUUUAGUAAUAUUCAGAGUUCUAAUCAGAGGGAUAUAAAGAAUAAGUUGAAUGAUGAUAAGAGUAAACGAAAUAUGGAUGCAAUUCAUAAUAUGGAUAAUACAAAUUAUUAUAAUAGUUAUGGUAUUCCAAGAAUGUCUAUGAAUAUUGCAGGAUCUAGUACAGGACAAGAUCGGAAAAAAUUAUUUUUACAAAACUUUAAGAAAAAUGAUAUGAAUAAUAAUAAUAAUAAUAAUAAUAAUGAUGAUGAUGAAUUGUUAAGCCAGAAUGAAGAUGAACAAAAUAUGUUUGAAAAUUCUUAUAUAAAAAAAGACUGGAAUAAUUAUAAUAAUAAUAAUAAUAAUGUAGAUUAUGAUGUGCUAAAUAAGAUAUAUAAAAGAACACCAUUUAAAUUUGGAUUUGUAGAUAAGAGUGCAGAUUAUAUAAUAAAACAAGGAAAGCUACAAAAAGCUAUGGAAUUAGAAAUAAAAACCAGAAAGGUUAAAGGAAUAAACCAUUUAUUUAAUGAUAAUAUUAUUGAUGAUUUAGAAAAUGAAUUAACAAAAAGUGGAGGAAACAAUAAAAAUGGAGAUUAUAAAAAUAAAAAUGAUAAUGUUUUAGAUAAUGAAAAUAUAUUAUUAAAUGAUGCAGCAUAUUCUAAUUUAUAUAAUGCUUAUCAAAAAAAUUCAUCCAAACAAAAAUUAUUAGAAGCAGAGAGAAAUAAAAGUGGAACCUUUGCAUUUGAGUAUUUAACAAAUAAAAAUUUUGAUAUUGUAUUUUUAAAAAAUUUAAAAUGUUAUAAUAAUUCAUUACAUAUGUUAUCAAGAGGGUUGUUGUUGUUGCUUAGUCGUUUGUUAAAACCUGUCAUGUUUAUUAAUUUGUUUUCUUAUGAAAAAUAUAGGGACGUAAAUGUUUUCAAGUGUUCUAGUAACGUUCCCUAUAAGUCUAGAAAAUAUAUGAAGGUAUCCGAGGCUUCACGAGGAGUUGGAAUUUCUAUUAUUUCAAAAGAAAAAAUCGAAGAAGACGAAGAAGAAAGCUUUUACAAUAUGAAAGAUUUUUGCAUUAUUCGGAUGAGCGAUUAUAUGUAUUCAAGAAGGAAGAGGAAAAGGAAUAUAUUAGAAGAUGAUAGUAACAUGUUGAUAUUAACAGGAAACCUGCCUUUAGAUUUUUGUUUAAAUUUAGUAGAGAAAUUAAAAUGUUUAAGUUUAUGUGUUAGUAUAGUUUUACGAAGUUUAAUAAAAAAGAAGAAUGAAUAUACAACUAAGAUAAAGAAUAUAAAAGAUGUAUCGAUAAUAAAUUUAUAUUAUGAUUAUACAUUAAUUAUGAUAAAUGAGAUAAAUGAGUUUUAUUCUAUAUUAAAUUUUAUAAACUUUAGUAUUGAAUAUAUGUUAAUAUAUUGUAUAAUAAUAUGUGAUUAUUAUAAAAAUAAAAGUAUAAUAAAAAAAAAAAAUAUAGGAAAUAAGAAAAAUUUUAUAUAUUUAUCUAGUACAUUAUUUGAUUUAUUAAUUAAAUGUAAUUUCAUGAGAACAUAUUUAAGUUCAACCUAUCGAAAUAUAUUAAAACAAUGUUUAUUUAAUAUAAUAAGAUCCGGGAAAUAUAUACCUAUAGAAUUUUUUCAAGGAUAUAUAAUACAUAAGAAUGAAUUUUUAGCGUUGUUUUUAACAAAAAGAAUUGAAGAAGAAGUUUUUUUAAAGAAAAAAAUGAAAGUAAAAGAAUAUUAUGAUUAUAAUAAUAAUAAAAGCAAGACCGAUAAUAAUUUAUUAACACAUCAUCAUAAAUAUGGUGAUUUUAUGGCUUCAUCCGAAAAACGAGCUGAACAUUUUAUAAAUGAAAAUUUAAAAAAUGCUAUGAUAAGUAUAAAUAUUUACAAAUUGAUUAUUUUAUUAUAUAAAGCUGAUUAUUAUCGUUGUACUAGUACAUUAAUAUGUUUAUUUAUUGAUUCCUUUUAUAAGACAUUAGGAGGAGAUAAACAUAAGAAUUUAAUUCUUAAGGAUGAAGUUAUUACAGAUACUAAACAAGGAAAGCAUGAUAUGAACGAUUAUAAUAUGAACAAGAAAAAUAACAUGGAUAUAAAUAUUACUAUUAAUAAUAAUAAUAAUAAUAAUAAUAAUAAAAUAUAUAAUGAUAAUACGUUGAAUGUUUAUAACAAUUCUUAUAAUAUUCAUUCAAAUCAUCUAAUGAAUGACAAAAGAAAAAAUGCUCAAGUACUAGAAAAACACUUAAAAAUGCUAUGCGAUAAUUUUUUUAAUUUAGAAGAAUUUUAUUCGAGUAAUAUCAUAAUUAAUAAUAUGGAUAUUGAAUAUACUUAUGAUUAUUUUAUUUUAUAUGAGAAAUGUUUUUUACCUAUAGAAAGGAUAGUACAUGUAAAUUAUAUGAAAUAUUUAUAUAAGAAUAAUGAAAGGAAAAAAAAUAAAAUUCGUAAAUUUCUUAUAACAUUAUUAGAAUAUUCUCGAGAUAUAAAUUUUCACUUUUUUAUUUUUAAUUUAAUAUUAUAUAAAUGUAAAAAUGAGUUUCCAUGUUCGAUAUUUGAAUUACACAUUUCUCAAUAUUUAUAUUUCUUUGUAAAAUUAAAUGAACUUAAUAUUAAAGAUGCUUAUAUAUAUUAUUUUAAUAACUUCAAAUAUCAAGAUAUGAUUAUAUAUUUUUCUAGAAAGGCAUUUUAUCCAUGGGAAACAAAUGUUGAACAACAAAAAAAACAAACCUUAUCAUAUAUAUAUAAUGACAAAAUAAAGAAAAACAAAAAAAAUAAUAGUUAUUAUGAAAUGAAUAAUAAUACAUAUAUGAAUGAACAUGGAUAUACAGAUAUUGAAAAUGAACGUUUAAAUAAAAAAAAUAAACGAUUGAAUGUAAGAGGUCGUACCAAUACAUUGGAUGAUAUUAUUGUAAGUGAUCAUGGAAAUAGUUAUGAUAAAUAUAAUACUAGUAAACAUAAUAGAAGAAAGAAUCAUAUAAAUGAGAUGAAAAAGAAACAGAAUAAUAAAAAAAAAAACACGUUAUUUGUAGAUGGAAAAGAUAUGGAAGGAAUAGGAAAAGAAAAAGAAAAAGAAAAUAAAAAUAUGAAUAAUAAUAUUUUUUAUAAUAACUCAUAUAGUAAUAUAAAUAAUAGUUCCUAUAGUAAUAUAAAUAAUGAUAUAUAUAGUGUUGAUAAUAUGACAUCUGUUAAUAAUACAAAAUAUGUAUCAGGAGUCCCAAGCUAUGCUCAUGUACUUAUUAAUAAACAAGUAAAUGAAUAUUAUCAAGGCUUACCUAAUUAUAAUAACAUGAUGAUAAAAGGUUCUCAUAUUAUUAACGAAUUACCAAAGAAUAAUUAUAUAUAUGAAAAUAAUUAUAUAGGACAAAAUUAUCUUAUGACAAAUCCAUUAUAUAAUAAAGAAACUAAAGAUAUUUUUUAUACAAUUUAUAAAUAUUUAUUUAAAAUUAUUUCUUAUCCUAGUUUGAAAAAAAGAAUGGAAUUUAUUGAUAAUUGUAUGAAGACCAAAAUAUUCGUUAUUCGUAAAGUCUGCAAUUUUAAAAAUAGACCAUUUUCUUCUAAUAAAAAAAAUAAUAAAAUGAACAGAGAUAGUAGUUAUGUGGACAAUAUCUCAUCGUAUUAUGAUGAUGAUAAUAAUAAUAAUAAUAAUAAUAUUAAUAUUUUAAAAAAAAAAAAAAAAAAGAGAGAAGUAGGAUUAGGAGGAAUUAGAUUAAGAAAUGGUGUUGAUAAUAAGAGAACCCAUGAUGAUACUAUAGAUGAAAAAUAUAAGAAUAAUAGAAAUUAUUUAUUUAUGAAUGGUGUGGAUGUUUUAUAUAAUAAAGAUCAACUUGGAUAUUAUAAGAAUAGUUUAGAUGAUAAUAAUAAUAAUAAUAAUAAUUACAAUAAUGAUAAUAUACGACGUUCGCAUGUGUCAUCCUGUUCUUAUCGAAGAGCACAUAAUAAUAUAAAAUAUGAUAUAAAAGAAGGAGGUAGCGAUAAUAUAUAUACAAGUAAUAUAAAAAGGAAUAAGAAGAAAAUAAAAAAUAUUGAAGAAAUUUUUAAUAUUAAUAGUAUGUUAAAUAAAGAAGCUUUAAAAAAUUAUUAUACAGUAGAUAAAACAAUAUUAUAUGAUGAAUCCUUUAGUAAAUUAUUAAAAGGUAUCUUUGAGAAAAAUAAAUGUUUAUUUAAAUUAAAAGAAAAUUAUUGGUCUAAACAAAAUUCAUAUUAUUUACAUUUAAAAGAUAUAAAAAAGUGUCGAACAUGUUUAAAUUAUCAGAGAUUAUUAUUUCAUGAGGUUAUUAAUUUAUUUGUUUUUUAUGUUUAUAAAUUUUGUAAUUGGGAUGUUUUAAAAAAUUAUUUCGAUAUAUUAAUAAAUGGUUCUGAAGAAGCUAUUAUUAAGGUUUUAGAACAUUUUCGAAAUAUUAAUAAGGAGCAAAUAGAUGUAAUUAGAAAAUCAUAUAAUAAUAUGUAUGAAUACUUAUCGAAAAGUAAAUAUGAACAUAUAGAUGAUAUUAUAAAUGAUUAUAAUAACAAAAUUAAUAAUAUGGAACGUAAAAUAAAUAUUAAUCGUAUUAUUGAUAUUAUAGACAUAUUUAAAGAAUAUCUAUUAUUAAUACAACAAGAAAUACACACAAAAGAAGGAUUAAAAAAUCAUAUAUAUGGAAAAAGUAAAAUAUUAUUUAAAAACUUCUUACCAUCAUUUAAUUUAUUAAAAUUAAUAAUUUUAUGUGAUAAGAAAAAAGAAAAAAUUGAAAAUUUAAAUACAAACUGUUUUUCAACAGUAAAUAAUAUGUUAAGAAAUGAUAUGAUUAAAGGAAGUACAUUUUAUUUUUCAAAAUAUUCAUAUUGUUUUGAAAGAUUAUUAGAUUAUGCUUUCUCAUUAACAAUUACUUUUGAGAACAUUAAUUUUAUUAUUAAUUAUAUAGGAGACGUUUUAAAAUUAUAUGAAGUUGAUUUUAAAAACUCCUUAUAUCUUUUAGUUAUUAUAAAAUUGCAUAAAUUUAUAAAUAACUUAUUUGAAAUAACAAAAGUAAGAGAAAUACUUAAAACAAAAGUAAGCAUAUUAAAAAAUAAUAAAUAUUAUGAACGUAUUAAAUUAUUAUAUCUUCUAAAUUGUAUCCCUCUUAUAUAUCUAGACCCACACAUGAAUGUUAUAUUAAUAAACGAAUCAUAUGAAUACAAAAUGAAUGAUGAUGAUAAAAUCAUAUUUUCGAAGUUAUCACCAUUUUCUUUAGUAAGUAAAGUAGUAAACCAUAAAUUGCGAAGUGUAUAUACAUAUCAUGAUUACACGGAUAAUUUGGAAAAUGAAGAACCUAUACAUAAAAACAAAACAUCGAAAUCUAUGAAUGAUGAUACAAAAAGUGUUAGUCAUUAUGAAGAGACAAAAAAAAAAAAUGAUGAUGAUGAUAUGUCAUAUGAUUCUUCAUCAGAUUAUCCAAAAGAUAUAUCAUAUGAUACAUCUGAUGGUUCCUAUCGUGAUAAUAAUAACAAUGGAAGUGGUCCUAAUGAUGUGAAGCAAAUGAAGGAAAAGGGUAUCCCAAAGGUAUCGAAGGAAAAUGCAAAAAAUAAAAAAAAAAAUGUAAAUGUAAAUAUAAAUAUAAAUAAUAAAAAUGAUGAAUCUUACAAUAUUCAUAAUAAAAUUAAGAAGGAUAAUAUAAUAGCUAUUGAUAAGGAUGAUAGGAAAACAUUAUAUUAUUUAUAUAAUGUAAAUUAUUGUUUUAAUGAUCAAAAUAAUAAUAAUAAUAAUAAUAAUAAUAAUAUGAAUAAUUCAAAUAUAUUUGGUAAUCCUCAUAAUCCAGAAUUGGUAGUUUUAAGUUAUAAAAAUUAUUGUUUUUAUAUUGUAUGGAUUUCUAAUUUAUUAUUAAAUCAUAAAAUAGAAUAUGAAUCAUUAAUAUAUGUAUAUUUAAAAAUAUAUAAUAAUACAAAACAUCAAAAAGCAUCAUUAUUAGAAGAACAUGAAAUUACCAUUAUUUUAUAUUACUUAUUUACUAUGUGGAUUAAUGGAGAUAAAAAUAAUUCUUCCUUUUUCUUUUAUAAUGAAGAAAAAAGUUAUCAUGAAAAAAAUAAUCUUGGAUAUUUUUUAAAAGAUACUUAUGGAAAUUUACAAUAUAUAAAUAAUUAUUCUCUAAUUACAUUAUUAAAAGAAUUAUUAUCAAGAGCAGAAUUCUAUUUUGAAUAUACAUCAGAUGCUGCAUCAAGAAAUUAUGAUAUUAGUUGUAUAAUUCUUGAUUCUUCUAUAUAUGAUAAUGAAAAAGUUAAAAAAUCGUCAGUAGAUAUUCUAAAAAAAUUCUUUGAUAAUAUAUACAUAACCUUUAAUGAUGUUCUUAUUAAAAUACCAUUCUUAAAUCAAAUUUUGGAAUUCCAAAAAAUACACGAAUUUUUAAAGAGGUUUAAAAUAUAUCUCGAUGAAAUUAUUUGUCGCAUAACCUUAACCGAGGGAAACUAUAUCUAA